CCCGGCGGCGGGCCUCGGGGCGCCCGCCGCCCCCUCGCCCCUCGCGCUGGCUCGAGCGUGCACCCGGGUGGGUGUGGGGGGGGGGGCCCGCCUUCCGCGCGUGCUCAGUAACUGUCCUCUCGGCCUGCCUGCGAGCUUCCCCCGCCCCUGAGCUGUUUGAAUAUGCUAAUGAGGUCCUGAGGGCCGGCCAAUAGCACGGCGGGCCUCUGGAUCACAUGACCCGAGUACGUGUCAGGGGUGGAGCCUACGUAGCCCCUGCCCGAGUUAAAACCGGAGUGUGAGAGAGAAAAGCGCUUCAGUAGCGAGAGGGGCUGAGAAAGUGGUGACACCGCUGGGGUGCGGAGGGAGUCCCUGAAACUUCUCCCAACAGCCCCAGGGCCAAUCUCCCCUCAGCCCACUCCCCUCUUCGCCGGGUCCCUGAGCCCCACUCCCUGCACUGGGGGUGGGGUGGGGAACUGGGCCCGUCUCCCGCGGGGACACACACAGGGGCCGGGAGCGGGGACGGGACCCCCAGGCCGGGGGGGAACGGACGGACAGACGGCCGUGCGGCCGCCCCAGCGGGCAGGCAGGCCAGAGGCGGGGGUGCGACCGGGAGGACCUGGGCUUGGGGAGUUUCCUCUCAACUAUCGGGGGAGAAACUCCCUGUGGCCGGUGUUUUCCUCCCGGGGGCCGCGUUCUCCGCCCCGCGUAGCGGCGGUUGCCGCCGCCGCCGGUGCCUCCACCUCUGCCAUCUCUUCACCACCUCGGGCCCCGGUGUCCCCGGCCAGCACUAUGCCCAUCUUACUGUUCCUGAUAGACACGUCUGCCUCUAUGAACCAGCGCAGCCAUCUGGGCACCACCUACCUGGACACGGCCAAAGGCGCGGUAGAGACCUUCAUGAAGCUCCGUGCCCGGGACCCUGCCAGCCGAGGAGACAGGUAUAUGCUGGUCACUUUCGAAGAGCCGCCCUAUGCUAUCAAGGCUGGAUGGAAAGAAAAUCAUGCAACGUUUAUGAAUGAACUGAAAAACCUUCAGGCAGAAGGACUUACGACUCUUGGCCAAUCCCUAAGGACAGCUUUUGAUUUGUUAAAUUUAAAUAGAUUAGUAACUGGCAUAGACAACUAUGGGCAGGGAAGAAACCCUUUUUUCUUGGAGCCAGCAAUAAUAAUUACAAUCACUGAUGGAAGCAAGUUGACUACUACCAGUGGUGUCCAGGAUGAGCUCCAUUUGCCUCUUAAUUCUCCUUUGCCUGGAAGUGAAUUGACCAAGGAACCUUUUCGUUGGGAUCAGAGACUAUUUGCUUUAGUCCUGCGGUUGCCUGGUACCAUGUCAGUAGAAUCAGAACAGUUGACCGGUGUACCUUUGGAUGAUUCUGCUAUCACACCAAUGUGUGAAGUGACAGGAGGCCGAUCAUAUUCUGUAUGUUCUCCAAGAAUGCUUAAUCAGUGUCUGGAAUCCUUGGUGCAGAAAGUACAAAGUGGGGUGGUAAUAAACUUCGAAAAGGCAGGACCAGAUCCUUCCCCUGUAGAAGAUGGACAACCAGAUAUAUCAAGACCUUUUGGAUCUCAGCCUUGGCACAGCUGUCACAAACUUAUAUAUGUCAGACCAAAUCCUAAAACUGGGGUUCCAAUAGGCCAUUGGCCUGUUCCAGAGUCUUUUUGGCCAGAUCAGAAUUCUCCAACACUACCACCUCGUACAUCUCAUCCUGUAGUGAAGUUUUCCUGUACAGACUGUGAGCCAAUGGUUAUUGAUAAAUUGCCUUUUGACAAGUAUGAGUUGGAACCUUCACCAUUGACUCAGUUUAUUCUGGAAAGGAAAUCUCCUCAAACAUGUUGGCAGGUAUAUGUGAGCAAUAGUGCAAAGUAUAAUGAACUUGGUCAUCCCUUUGGUUACUUGAAAGCUAGUACAGCACUGAACUGUGUCAACUUAUUUGUAAUGCCUUACAAUUACCCAGUCCUCCUUCCUCUUUUAGACGACUUGUUCAAAGUGCACAAAGCAAAACCAACCUUGAAAUGGAGACAGUCAUUUGAAAGUUAUUUGAAGACAAUGCCUCCCUACUAUCUUGGGCCCCUGAAGAAAGCUGUUAGAAUGAUGGGUGCACCUAAUCUGAUAGCAGACAGUAUGGAGUACGGACUCAGUUACAGUGUCAUUUCAUACCUCAAAAAAUUGAGUCAGCAGGCCAAAAUUGAAUCUGAUAGAGUCAUUGGAUCUGUAGGCAAAAAAGUAGUGCAGGAAACUGGAAUUAAAGUCCGAAGCCGGUCACAUGGGUUGUCAAUGGCACAUAGGAAAGGUUUUCAACAAGUGCUGCAGGGAAUUUCGGAGGAUGUCCCCCACAGGCUGCUAGACCUUAAUAUGAAGGAGUACACUGGGUUCCAAGUUGCUUUACUAAAUAAGGAUUUGAAGCCUCAGACCUUUAGAAAUGCUUAUGAUAUACCAAGACGGAAUCUUCUGGAUCAUUUAACAAGAAUGAGAUCUAAUCUUUUAAAGAGCACCCGCAAAUUUCUUAAAGGCCAGGAUGAAGAUCAAGUGCACAGUGUGCCUAUAGCACAAAUGGGGAAUUACCAGGAAUACCUUAAGCAAGUACCUUCUCCACUGAGAGAACUUGAUCCUGAUCAGCCUCGAAGGUUGCAUACAUUUGGCAAUCCGUUUAAACUGGAUAAAAAGGGUAUGAUGAUAGAUGAAGCAGAUGAAUUUGUGGCUGGACCUCAAAAUAAACACAAACGGCCUGGAGAGCCAAGCAUGCAAGGGAUCCCAAAAAGGCGCCGGUGUGCUUCUCCACUCUUGAGAGGCCGGCGGCAGAGCCCUGCUAUGAACAGUCACAUCGGAGGAAAAGGACCACCUGCACCCAUGAAUCAAGCACAGCCAGGUCUUAUUAAACCCCUUCCUCUGCAUAAAGAAGCCACUAAUGAUUCAACAGUAGAUGAUGUGGUUGAAAAUCAUGUUGCAGACCAACUUUCAUCAGAUAUGACACCAAAUGCAAUGGAUACUGAAUUUUUAACAUCUCCAGCCAAUCUUUUGGAACCAUCAACCAAUCAUACAGAGACCCUUGGUCAUGAACAUUUAGGAAACAAUGACCUCGCUGUUGGUGGAUUUUUAGAAAAUCAUGACGAGCCAAGAAAUAAAGAACAAAGUGCUGAAGAGAAUGUACCAGCAUCUUCACUCAACAAAGGAAAGAAAUUGGUGCACUGUAGAAGCCAUGAAGAGGUCAACACUGAACUAAAAGCACAAAUAAUGAAAGAGAUCCGAAAGCCAGGAAGAAAAUAUGAAAGAAUUUUCACCUUACUGAAGCAUGUGCAAGGAAGUUUACAAACAAGGCUAAUAUUUUUACAAAAUGUCAUUAAGGAAGCAUCCAGGUUUAAAAAACGAAUGCUAAUAGAACAGCUGGAGAACUUCUUGGAUGAAAUUCAUCGAAGAGCCAAUCAGAUCAACCAUAUUAAUAGCAAUUAAAAGAAAAUAGAAUGUGGCCACUUAUAUCACUAUCUUCUCCAAAUACAAAGUAAAUACAAGACUGUUGUAAUCUUGUAUUCAUUCUUUGACAUGCAUUGUUGGCUAUUUGAAAUACUUAAAAACAGUCUACAGAUCCUUUCCAUCAUUUUACAGUGACCUUUUUAUUUUGGUUUAUUUUUGUAAUGUGAAAAGUAUCACUAAGUUUUUUUUUUUUUCCUUUUUUUCUUCUUUUUUAACAAACUAAAACUACUUUCCAAAUCCUCUGCUUGUCAUUGGCUCUUGCGUGUCAGUUUCCCUCAGGUUAUAUUUUCUUAAACCAACCUUUAAAAUUGUCAGCUCUGUUAAGGUUGAACUUUGCCAAAAAAAAAAAAAAAAAAAAAAAAAGAAAAGAAAAAAAUUAACAAGUUACUUUGUAAUUUUUGGGGAAAAAAGCACAUACAUUAAAAACUAGGUAAUGUUUUGUAUAUACAGUUAUUUUGGAUAUAUUAUUGUAAGUUGUACAAAUGUAUUUUGAAGAAUAUUUAAGAAAAGCACUUUUGUUAUUCCAUCAAUAAAUGCUCUAUUUUACUCUUGUGUGGUUUAGGAAAUAAUCACAUUUAAAGUAACUACUUAAAAACAUUCUAAGACAAUGGAAUUUUAAAGGCCUUGCUUUUUAGCAUUAAAAAAAUACACAACUUAAUAUUUGUUAAACUAGUGUAAUGAUGUGUUACAUAGCCUGCAUUGACUUUUUUUUACUAUUUGUUCUUAGUUUUUGUUGGCCAUGCCAAUAUACUCCAUUCUUGCCUGGAUAAUGGGAAUAGCUAUGUCUGUGGCACACUGACACAGAUACUUUUUUAAAAACAAUUUUCAAAGUAGAUGACUUGGCAUUAUUGGUUUCUUAGCACCCUUCAAUUUUUCUCACAGGAUUUGGAUGACAUUCAAGUCUGGCCAUUAGGUUAGGGUGUGGUAGAUUUAGGGUUUAUCACAUUUGGAAAUGUCUUAUAUGUAGUAAUUUAAUCCCAUGUUAUGCUUACAUGAGUUUAUGACUUGAUUUAGAGGAUCUCUUGGUUCUGCAAAUUCUCACACUUAGACUUGUUUAGAAGCUAACUAGAGAGGAAACAGAUAUAAGAUGAUUAUACUCAUGUUUUCCCCCUUAUUUGCACAGGAUGAAGAUAUUUGGCACUUACAUUCUCCAUCCUUACAGGGUUGUACAUCCUUACUAAGGAUGUGAUCCUGUGUCCUGACUCAUGUACACAUUUGUAGAUCACUGCUGUGCCUUUUAGUAAUUUGGAGAAAACAGUAGAAAAGGUUAGAAUUUUUAGAUUUGGAAGAAUGGAGGGGGAAAAAUACUUCCAAAAUUAUUUUUUUAAUUGAAUUAUUUUUAGAUUAAUAAUAUUUGGAAAUCACCCUUAAAAGAAAUUGUAAAUAUUUGUGAAGGAAAGCAUACAUAGAACAUUCUUGAGAUCUGCUAUUUUAGUCAAGGGGAUUUGAAACUCUCCCAAUACUGAAGACAAACCCUGUAAAGAAAAAGAAACAUUUAAUUAGACUUGUGGUAUUUUCAUAUGACAAUUCAUUAAACAUUUCUUACCUCUUAGAUUCCUGGAAGUAAAUGAAGAUAUAAUUUAGAGAUGGAAUUAUCAAAGUAAUUGCCUGUAGUUACACUGCUAAAUUCAGCAAGAACUGUACAAAAUCCAGAUUGACUUUGUGGUUGUAAAUUAUGAGUGCUAAAGGGAACACUGGAGUCAUUUAGAUAGAAGUUAUAUUUAAGUCAAAGCAUCUGAGGGCUGUCCUUGGGAAGGGUCCUCAUGUCAUAGGCAUCAUGGAAUAAUGCAGAUCUUCUGCCUUUACUACACUUUUCAAAAUGAACCCUCAAGUGAGCGCAAAAUAACAGGUUCUUCUGUAUCUGUGCUUGCUCUAGCUCUCACUCUCCCCCUCCUUCUCUGUUCUUUAUCACUGUGGCAUAAUACUCUAUCUAUAUCUUAAUCCUAAAACUUAGUCCAAAAGUUUGCAGCCUAUCAAAAUUAAAGCUUAAGAUCCUACCCCACCUUUCAAAAAAAGUCUCUACAGACUCCUUGUCAGCAAAGGCCAGGGAGGGUAUACUUGGGGAAUGUGUAUUUUUAAGUCUUUGAGAUCGUCGAAUGAUGCUACACUGGACAAGGGGCACUUUCCAAAAUGUUAAUAUUGGAGUUUUUACAUAAUUUUUCUUAACAUUCCCCUAUUUGUCCCAUAUGUUGAUUGAGUCAGUAAUUGGUUAUGUCAAUGUAAGACUUUUCAGUUUUUAAUAGUGAAGGCCAAGGCUUUUUUUUUUUCUUAAGGUUAUUUUUUAAGUAUUUUGCUUACAUGUAUGUAAAUGCGCCACAUGCAUGCCUGAUGCUUGUGGAAGCCAAAUGAGAAGAGAUCCCCUGGAACUGGAGUUCCAGGCUGUUGUGAUUUUCCAAGUGGGCGUUGGGAACUGAGCCUGGGUUUCCAAGUGAAGCAAAUGCUCUUAACUACUGAGCUGUCUUCCGGCCCAGCCGGGGUCUUUCUAAUCCCUAAAGUAGUAUCCGGAGAGUAGCCACUUUGCCUUGGGUGAUGUGAGCUCCUUGCAGAAAUGAAAAGCCACAGGGACUAAGACUUGUGGUAAGUUAGGAAAACUAGUUUUUGGUGAGACCUCUAUUUUCAUUCUCAUACUAGAGUAGUUAAAAAUUAUACCAUUGAAAUCGUGAUGUGUGUCAUUCUAGUCCAACAAUUUUACAUGUUUUUUUAUACAGUUGAAAUGUAAGAAUCUGUUAUUUGUAUUCUAACUGUCCCCUUUAUUGGAUGUGAGCUUUUGGCAAUGGCCCUUCUGUUCAAGGUUAGUCUUCCCUCUUGGUUUGAGGGUUUAAAACUUGUCUUUCAUUGUUGUUGGGUUUUACAUACUCUCUACGCCUGCUGUGAGUGAUCAGUGCUGUUUUUGUCUAGUCACAGUCACUGUGGGCUUGGGGUAAUCAUGGUCAAAUACUAAGUGGACACUGUUUGAACACUCUUCCCAAAUAAUCCCCAAGUAGAUUAUUUUCAAGAGAAUGAGUACCUGCAUCUUUUUGUCAUGAAAUGUUCUUUUACUUUCUAGCAUAAAUUAUGGCAGUAUACAAAUGAUUCUCAGAUAAAAUGAUGUUGACAGUAUUUCCUUUUAACAAUCUGUGUUAAGCUAUGCUAAUUUUCAUUCUAACUUCGAUAUUCUUUCCACAAAUAAAAAGAAAUGCCUGAUGUUUAGUUAAAGUA